AUGGUGCUGGAAAGUUCACACGACAUCCAAAGGACAACCACUGCACUUCUGACCUUCAACCCUGAAUGUCUUGAAGUGACAUUACAGGGCCCCGCAGGCACAGUAGCAGCAUCCAGGUCAAAGGUUGUCAUGAUUCUAGACGAACUGCGAGAGCAGACGAGAAGUGACAGCAACAUUAAUACAGAUCACAGCUUUCAAGGUAAUUUCUAUGACAGUCUGCUUCUGGAGUCAUUUCUAAAGAAAGAAAGUGGUUCCUCUGAAUUCGCACACAUAUUGUUAAACAGAUCAAACCCUACAGCAGUCUCACAUUUGGAACAUAAUGACAAUGUGGCAAACAAUAAAAGACCAGCAGGUACAGAAGAUCAAAAGGAGUUGUUUCCAAGCCACAUCCUGCCAAACUGGCAUCUUGUCCUGCCACAGUCUGACAGUUUUGCUGAUGUUGAAGCUGAUACUGCCCAAAGUCCAGUAGAAUCUGCAGUUGUAAGAUCCACUGAAGCAGAUGUUAGCAGUAAUGAAGCAGAUCCUUUCAGGAAGAUGAGAUCUGUGUUCACUGAUGACGAGAAUUUCUGUGAGGAUAACAUACUGACUGACAUGAGGUACAGCAAGAAGAUUGAGCAGGCUCUCAAACUUGGAUACUCAGAGAAGCACGUAACUAAAGCCUUGUCCAAAUUAGGACCUGAUUGUGCCCUAAACGAUCUGCUGUCAGAGCUAAUCCAACUUGGCACAUCAGAUAAUGGUUCUCCAGAAAACAUGUCUUUGGAACCAGAUGCUGUGUUGACAAAUGAUGCCUUGGACUUUGACAAUUUUCAGAGACAGACGUUAAACGCGAUAAGAUGGGAAUCCGAAGAAUCAUCUAGUUUCUCAAGUUCUGCCGACUCCUACAGCAGCAGCCAUAUUAAUCCCAGUGACAGCAGCAACCUUCGUGACAUCAUUAUAGAUGGCAGCAAUGUUGCUAUGAGCCAUGGUAAAAAGGUCUUCUCCUGUCGGGGAAUCCAGAUUGCAGUCGACUGGUUCCGAAAACGUGGCCACAAAAACAUCACAGCAUUUGUGCCUCAGUGGAGGAAGGAGACUUCUCGGCCAGAUGCUCCGAUCACAGACCAAGAGAUUAUUAAUGAACUGGAGAAGGAAGGAAUCGUGGUGUUCACUCCAGCUCGCAGGGUCAAAGGUCGACGGGUGGUUUGCUAUGACGACCGCUACAUCCUGAAGCUGGCGGUGGAAACUGACGGCAUUGUUGUCUCAAAUGAUGUCUACAGGGACCUUGUCAAUGAACGGGAAGAUUUCCGCAGGGUGGUAGAGCAGAGGCUGUUGAUGUAUUCAUUUGCUAAUGACAGGUUUAUGCCACCAGAAGAUCCUCUUGGCAGGCUGGGCCCUACUCUGGAUAAUUUCUUGCGGAAGGUCCCAGCUGAACCUGCUCCCAGACCUCAGGACUGCCCUUAUGGCAAGAAAUGUACCUAUGGAAACAAGUGUCGCUUCUAUCAUCCUGAGAGAGGAUUUGCUCCACAAAAAUUAAUUACAGAGACACUGAAAGAACAGGCAGAUCUGAAACUUCAGGAGAGGGCUACCAGAUUGUCAGAGAUUGCUGAAAAAGCAAAAAGGUCAAAGCAGAAGCUCUCGCGGACCAAGUCUUUAACUCCUUGGGAACCACAGCCCCCGGCAUUAACCUCGCAGGGCAACAUGUCAACAAACAAGCAGGAGAAGCCUAAACUGACUCAUUCUAGAUCAGUCAUGUUGCCUGUGAAAUCUUCCGAUUAUCUCAAUGAGCCUCGAAAGAAGCUGGAGGAAGCUGAGCUGGCAAGAGCUUUAGCACAGACAUCUCUGCAGAAUCAUCCCAUGCAGGUUCCCUCAUGUAGUGACUGUGACCGGGCCGUUAAAUCUAAGUCUCCGAGUCCAAGAUCUUCACCAAGCCCUCAGAAGGACCUCAUCAAACUAACAACUUCUGGAGAGAGUGUUUCAAGACAUCCACAGCCUUUGAAGGCCAUGAACAUAAUUCCCUCGCGUGCAUCACCCUCCCAUCUCACAGUGCCCAAACCUGAACCCCCAGAAAGAUACCUCAGUGGGCACUUGUACCUGGCGAAGAAGCUGUCAGAUGAAAGUGUUGAGAGCAGCUUCUUCUCCGAGCACACCUCUAGCCCUUCAUCCACAAGGACAUCCAGCCCAGUGGCCCCAGCUAGCAAGAUCUUGGAACACACACAGUUUCCUGCAGGAGAGCUUUACUCUAAGGACAGACAAGAGGACUUGUCAGGGCUCUUUGCUUUUCCCCCACCAUUAUAUCCUGUGGCACAUCAGCAGCACCCAGUUUAUGAAUCCCAGGGAGGAAAUAAGGAUUUGGAAAACAUCCCCAACUUGAGCAUAUUUGAGCAUGGCAACUCACUCUAUUCUCACUGUCCUGACUCUUCUGUCAGACGUGAUAUUCUGGAUCAUUCUGCCUUCACUGAUAAUGCCUUUCAGAAAUUAAAUCCCUGCUCACCAGACAGUGGGCUGUAUACAUCAAAUGAAUCAAUCUUAAGCCCAUAUAACCAGCCUGAGUACCCAUUAUCCAAAGCUUAUCCCUUAUUCAGAAGAGACUUAUCAGCUCCUUCAUCAGAACACCUCAGUCUUCGUCGAGCAUAUAGUUCCACUGGACAUUUCCGAACCCCUGAAGAUGUACAUCAGAAGCUGGAGCGGAGGGCUUCAGGAGUGUCGCCGUCGUAUUUUGGAGAUGAGCAGAUUGUGAUAAAGCCCCAGAUGGCACCUGGAGCUGAGAAGUCAGCUUUGUUUAGUUUUGGUCAUUUAUAUGGUUUGAACCGCCAGAACAGCAGUUCAGAUCCACAAAUUCACACCGGUGCUGGAGAACUUAAAAAUCCACAGGCCUUAGUCCAGCCUUCGAUGGACCCCACAAGGAACUUCCCAGACAUGUACAGAUCUGCGGGCCAGCACAGUCAGCUUCAGCAACAGCAGCAAAGGCAAUUUGAAAAUCAACAGUCAUUUCAAAGGCUGCAGCAGAAACAGCAACAGAAUCAAGAAUUCUUGACUUCUCAAUUACCGCAGCCAACACUGGGCACAUGGGUAGAAUAUCCAGGUACCACAAACACUGGGUACAGAUCAUCGAUGGAUUGUACCAUGCAGAAUCACUACAAUACAUUUCAGAACUCAGCAUUAGCAUACGGAACCAACCGCAUGUCAUAUCCUCCGCCAGCAGCAGGUGGCUUUGACAUCAGGUCUGCGGGGAUGUUCAGCUACAACACCCCUCAAGUACCUCAAACACCCCACUACCAACAGCACUCCAUUAUGAACCCAACACAGCAUUGUGCAACAUCCGCAUCAGAACAGAGAAGACAAAGUUUUCCUUCACUUCCGAGUUACCCACAGUUUCAGAAAAACACAAACUCCACAAACCAAAUCUUCAUGCCUGCUGACCCCUCGCAGACUUUCCAAACAAGCCGCUCACCCCCCAUGCCAUAUAUUUUACCAGAAGAUGCACCCAUCCUCCCCGAAGACCCACGUUACGUAAUCUACUAUCACCUGAGUAAUGUUUUCGGCGAGCAAGUUGUCAGACGGGUCAUGAAUCAGAAUCCCAAUGAGCAAAGUCCGGACGAUGUUUGUAAAUUGAUCAUACACUACAAAGAUAAGACAGGACUCUAG